AUGACGGUGCAUCCGGAGCUCGCCGCCCCGGGGUUCGCCCCCGUCGGCACGGGGUUCGGCCCGGUGACGAAGGGUCGGAAGCUGGAGAUCCGGCAGGUGUGGGCAGGCAACGUGGACUACGAGUUCUGGCUGAUCCGGCAGGCGGCGGCGAAGUACCCGUACGUGGCCAUGGACACGGAGUUCCCCGGCGUGGUGCACCACCCCAGCAAGCCGCACUUCCUGCUCACCCCGUCGGAGCGCUACGCGGCGCUCAAGGCCAACGUGGACGCGCUCCACCUCAUCCAGGUCGGCCUCGCCUUCGCCCCGUCCCCGGACGCGCCCCCCGCCAUCGCCUUCGAGAUCAACCUGCGCGAGUUCGACCCGCGCGUGCACCGCCACGCGCCCGAGUCCGUCCAGCUGCUCGCCGACCACGGCCUCGACCUCGCGGCCCACCGCGCGCACGGCGUCGACGCGCGCGUGCUCGCCGCCCACCUCAUGGCGUCCGGCCUCGUCUGCGCCGGCGGCGCCGCCAGCGCCCCCGCGGUCACCUGGGCCACGUUCCACUCGGCCUACGACUUCGGGUACCUCGUGAAGCUGCUCAUGGGCCGCAAGCUGCCCCGCACCCUGCCCGAGUUCCUCGGCCUCGUGCGCGUCUUCUUCGGCGAGCAGGUGUACGACGUGCGCCACAUCAUGGGGAGAUGCCCCGGCCUCCGCGGCGGGCUCGACGCCGUCGCGGCGGCCCUCGGGGCCACGCGCGAGGCGGGGCGGGCGCACCAGGCGGGCUCCGACAGCGCGCUCACCUGGGAGGCCUUCCGCCGCGUCCGCCAGGUGUACUUCGCCAAGGAGGGCGUGCGCGGGUUCGCGGGCGUGCUCUUCGGCCUCGAGCUCGAGCUCGACCUCGCCGCCGCAGCCGCCAACGGGAACAAGCACGGCGGUGCCGGUGCCAUCAACAACAACAACAAGGUCGGCAACAGCAAGUUUGUCGUCAAUAACGGCAGCAGCAACAACAAGUUCGCGAGCAACGGCGGCGGCAGGUGCGCUGUCGGCGGCGGCCGCAACCGCAGCAGGAACAGCCGCAGGGUGGCUCCGCAGGUCCAGGUGGCCGUGGCGGCGCUGAGUCGGCAACCAAAAACCAGCUUGUACAACCAAUCUAAAGGGAACAUCUUGGACAUAGGCCCCUUCAUCUGGUCAACACGCGUCGCGAGAGUGAAAUAUCCUCCAACGCUCCUCCUCCCCCCCCGCCGCCGCCGGCCCGAUUCCGUCGACCCCUGCCACCGCACCUCCGCCUGCGCCCGAGCCGAAUCGGUUGCCGCCCCGCCCCGCCUCCGCCUGCGGUCGAGAUGCCGCCACGCCCUGCCGCACUCGUCCACCGGCUACCACGGCGUGCGGAUUCGCCCCUCCGGCCGGUGGGCCGCCGAGAUCACGCGCGGCGUCGAGCGGUUUUGGCUCGCGACUUUCGAGUCGGCCGAACUCGCCGCCCGCGCGUAA